UUGCUUUUAUUUCUUGACGAAUUUUAUACGUGCGUGAACUAUUUUCAGCGAAUAUCGCAUAGUUUUAGGGCGAUUUUACAUGGACUUUGUUUGGAACACAAAUAUUUUACAAAUAAAACGCCUUAAAAAGUGAAAAAAUAUAUUUUUAAAAAGUUUAAAAUACCGUAAAGUGAAAAAUGUAUUAAAUACGGAAUUAAAGUGAAGAAAAUAAUCUUGACAAGGUGACAAAAUCACACAAAGGUUAUAUACAAUUUUUUUAUUCCGUUUUGCGAGCGUUUAAGUUUGUGUGUUUUUGCAUUUUAAGAGAGAAAGAGGAGAGGGUAUGAAAAAAAGGAAGCAAAAAAGAAAUUAACAUACAAGGCAAAUAAUUUAUUAGUGUGACCAUAAUUAUAUUGUUGUUGUUAUUGUUGUAAAAGGUGCUUCACUCAGUUUGCUGUGUUUGUUACUUUUAUUUUUGCUGUUGCUUUUACAGACAACGGAAAUCACAACAACUACAAAAAUAUCACAACUAAAAUAUCUAAGAUUUCCCACAUUUUAUUUAUAAUAAAAAAAACUACUAAACAACAAAUUUUAAACUAAAAAAAACUAGUUUAAUAUCUUAAAAAAAACCCACAAAACAAAUAUUGGCGCCAUUGCAAUAUUUAUUUGGAUUUACUCUCAUUAAUUUCUAUUUGAAAGUUUUGUAAAAAUAUUUCAUCAUGGGUCUAUUAAUAUCGAAAAUAUGGAGCAUGUUUGGGAAUGAAGAACACAAAUUAGUAAUGGUCGGUUUAGAUAAUGCUGGCAAAACCACAAUACUCUAUCAAUUUCUUAUGAAUGAAGUCGUCCACACAUCGCCCACAAUUGGCUCAAAUGUCGAAGAGGUAGUGUGGCGAAAUAUACAUUUUCUUGUGUGGGAUUUGGGAGGACAACAGAGUCUGAGAGCAGCAUGGAGUACAUAUUAUACAAAUACAGAGUUUAUUAUUAUGGUUAUCGACUCAACAGAUCGUGAACGUUUGGCUGUGACACGUGAAGAAUUGUAUAGAAUGUUGCAACACGAAGACUUGAGUAAAGCCAGUCUGCUGGUGUAUGCCAAUAAACAGGACUUAAAAGGCUCAAUGUCAGCUGCUGAAAUAUCACGUCAAUUGGAUUUAACCUCAAUUAAAAAACAUCAAUGGCACAUACAAGGCUGCUGUGCGUUAACGGGAGAAGGACUCUAUCAGGGUUUGGAAUGGAUUGUUCAACGCAUCAAAAAGAAAUGACAUACUCAAAUGGACUGCGAUAGUAGUUUAUAGUUAAAUCAAUAAUUAAAUUACUAUUUAUAUAUUAUUAAAUAACAAAAAGAUUUAUAAUAAUUUUAUAUAUACAAAAGAAAA